AUCGAAUAGUAUGCAUUAUUCAUGAUAAACAAACCGGUGAAUGUGUCAAGCACGAGUGAGCUGCCUCAUGCAUUCGUGAAUCACAAAAAACACAACGUAAAUUGAUCAGCUUCAACAUACUGCAGUAAUCGACACAAGGCGGGCACAUCCUUUCCAAAGGACAACACAUUUUUAUCAUCAAAUCAAGUCAUCAAAAACUAUCAUCUGAACUACUUUUUCAGGCCAUUUAGACGGAGAAUCUGGUGGAAAUCGGACGGGAACAUGGCACCGCAGACAUCAGACAGUGACAAUAUUGUAUCAGCAGAGGAGAUGAUGGCUCAAGAUUGUGUAUGGAUCUUCGGCUAUGGCUCCCUGAUAUGGCAUCCAAACUUUGAAUACACGGAGAAGAAGAUUGGCUAUGUGAAAGGCUAUGCGACUAGAUUCUGGCAGGGCAGUAUAUCACAUCGUGGCACGCCUGAUAAGCCUGGGAGAGUUGCAACAAUGGUUGAACAAAAAGAGGGUCAAGCAUGGGGUGUAGUGUUCAAGUUAGAGGGCAGUGAGCAGAUCACCAAGGCCUUUCUUCAUCUCAACAUGCGGGAGUGUCUUCUAGGCUGCUACCAGGUCCAGCAGGUUACCUUCAACAUCGUCAGUGACAAGGACCAAUCCACCGUGCAAGCGAUCGCCUUCCGAGCCACGCCCGACAACGAGCUCUUUGUGGGACCAGACUCGGUCGAGGCUGCGGCAAGGGUUGUCGCUUCUUCGUGGGGCAGGACUGGACACAAUGCAGAGUACUUGUUCCGUCUGGUUGAUUUCAUGCAUAAGACGGUCCCUGAUGCAGAGGAUCGCUAUUUAUUUGAACUAGAGAGGCUAACCCAGAAGCAUCUGAACUGUGAUUGUUCAUCAAACACAAGUACAGGUCAUAAAGGGUCAAAGGUUAUUGCACAUAGGACAGUUCGGUCAGACCCACGACAGUAUUAUCACAAGUGCUAUCUUCAUGUCUUGCCAUCUUCAGUUGAUCAAAGAGUUCAUUAAUGAAUCUUGUCUUUUCUCUGUGUGACAGUUGUGAGUGUUAACUUUAGAAAGAUAUAAAAGAAUAAAUGAAAUAUUGAAGGGAGCUUUCUUGUCCACUUUUGAAAUGUUGGAUUAUUGAUCAUGUACCCAUCUUGCCAUGCAAAGCAUACAUUGUUGAAAAAAGUAGUACGUUUAAACAUUAUUUGGGGUACUAUAGUUUAGGGUUCUAAUAUUUCCAAGCGUUGUCAGGAAUUGUAGGGGUAGGAAUAGGCCUUGUGUCAGUUGUGUGAUCAUCAAGUGUUACCCAUUGUUGUUUUUUAUACCGCGAAAGAGACUUUGUAAAUAAACAAUGUAAAUAGUGAUGAAACAUCUCGUAUCAUUUUAUUAGUAUCCUGACACUUACAGUUGUAUGAUCCCUUUAAGCAAUGCCUAAACUUAAUCAGGCACCAACCAAAUCAAAAAAUCAAUCAAAGUACAUAUAUUUUGUUAGACAAUUGACUGCCCAUCCCUAUAUACACCUGUAGGCUAAAUACAGAUUAAUGAGAUAUUCCUGUAUUGAUAUCUAUAGCAUUUUAAACUGUCACUAACAGUAUUUGUAGUCUACUAAUACAGACAUUAUUCUAGCAAAUUGAUGCUAAGCUUACAUCAGCUGUAAGUUCUUUGGUUUAUACAUGUAGUCUUCUAAUUCAGUUGAACCUAACCAUAGGUCUUAAUUCAUGUUAUACAAAAGUAAAACUUAGAUGUCAGACUAAGUUCCUUUGUUAAACCUGAUUUUGAACAAAAGCUUUAGCCCAGCACCAGGUUUAAAUUUGAGUAGCAUAAUAUGUGCCUUUGUGUCUAAUUGAUUGGAAGAACCCAUGGAAAUUUAGUCUAGAAAUCAUUCAGUGCAGGCAUUUUUUAAAAAUUUGGUACGGAUUUCCAAGGUUGUGCAGAACAUUGAUACUAAAGCAAAACAGAAUAUAUAUAUAUUUUUGUAAAUAAUACGAUAGAAAUACUAAAUUGUAAAUGGAGGAUGUCAACAAUAAUCUAUUAGGUAUGAAAUACAAAUUUACUGUUUGCUAUUCACCUUUUUCAUUUGUGUGCUAACUAUAUUUUAACCUUGACAGGCGAUCAUAUUGCUAUGGCAUUCCAAAACACUAUAUAGUCGGCCCUGUGUGUGAAGAAUUUAUUAGGAAGCUGAAUGAUAAGUUUUAUUUGACGAUAUACUAUAGUAAGAUCUUUAGCAUAGUUUUAAAUCAUGUUCAAGAUCAUGUGAAAUGUGCUCUAGAUUUAAAUAUAUCAAAUUUCUUAAAUUUAUUUCUUGUUUUAUCAAGUUAAGAGAACAUCAAAUGAAGUAUUGAAUAUUAGUACAUGUAUUAUCCAUAUAUCUUUUAAAGAACCAUACUGACUUCCAUUAAUAUAAGCAUAUAAAGACUAACAUCAUUAAACCUAACAAGUGUAAUGUAAGAAUUAUUUAGAGUAUAUAACUAACAAGAGAAAUGCAGUAAAAUGAAAUAAUGACAAUCGCUGAAGAAAAUCAAGAAAAGGAAAAGCAGAGGGUGAAAGCAUAUAACAUUCCUAAAUCUGUGCAUAAGGACCGACUGCUAUUGGAGAAGUACCAGAUCAUCUACCAAGCAAGCAACCAUGAAGAAAAGAGGGAAAAGAACAUUUUAGUAGUAUUAUCUGAAUUUUUUUAAAGAGGAUACAAUACAAAUUUAUGAAUGUUUUAAACUUUGUUGACGUUACUGGCAUGACCUUUAAAGCAAAUCACAGAAAAACAUAGAUACCACUUACAGUAACACUGCCAUGUAAUGAAACUAUUUAAAUUGCGUUUUUAUCAAAAUGUGAUAUUAAUACAUGUAGAUGAGCAAUAUCAUAUGAUGAAAUGGAUACAGGACUUGCCAUAAAUCAUUACAAAUUACAUGUUUUCUUGUUUUUGUUGUUUUAUAUUAUUUUCAUCGUUAGAGGGAUUCUCCUGAAAAAUAAUUGACGCCAUAUAAAAACGUACAAUUCCUUGUGAUAAAAUAGCUCUGAUUGUUUUACCGUAAUCAUGAUAUAAACAUAUGAAUUCUUUAUUAGAAAUUAAUAAAACCAGACUCUCAGAUUUUAUUGGAAAUUGCAAGAUUAUAAACGUAGGCAUAGUGGUUAUGUCCUAAAGUCAAGUCAGAGGCACAUGAUAAAUGUCUCAGCCAGCCUGCAAUAUGAAUGAGCUUCCAUUUCUCUUUACUUUUGUAAUUCUUUCAAAUAGUUUACACUGAGAAUUAAGCCAUUUACAGUAAGCAUCUAUAAGAGAACCCCUUUUUUUGUGACCCCAUUACGGUGGCUAAGUGUUCUUAAAAAUUAUGGAAAAUAUGAAUGCUUACUUAUUUUCAAUUUGGCAUUCUAUUAUAUCUCAACAUGGACUAUCAAUGUGACUGAAACUGUGCUUAAUUCAUCCAGUUUGGAUGGGAGUAUUAUUGUAUAGACAUGACACUAUUUUAUUGCAUCAAUAAAAUCUAUAUAUAUAUUUGA